AUGUAUCCCAACCUGUUCAAGGGGCUUGGCCUAAAGAAUGAAGAUCUUUCCAAGUAUGAUAAGCCUCUGAUGGGGUUUGAUGGCCAGAUGGUGAUCCUAGAAGGGCAGAUUUCGCUUCCUAUAAAUAUGGAAGGUAAGGAGGUGAUGGUAACAUUCAUAGUGGUCGCUUCAUUUUCUCCUUACAUGGCAAUCCUUGGAAGGUCGUGGAUUCAUGCAAUGGGGGCAAUACUGUCCACCCUGCAUGUGAAGGUCAAAUUCCGCACUGAGCAAGGUAUUGCUAUAGUGAGAGGAGCAAGUGUGAAGGACAAAGAGAGGGUGGAGAUGUUGAUGUUUCUUGUGCAGAAUGUAGACAUGUUCGCUUGGAGCCCAUAUGAGGUGCUCGAAGUGGACCCCGAGUUCAUAGUUCACAAGCUCAAUGUGGACCCGUUGUACCCUCUCAAGAAGCAAAAGUCGAGGAGAUCGGUUAAGGAGCACGUCGAAACUGUCAGGCAAAAGGUCAAGAGAUUAAAGGAAGCCGGGGCUAUAAAGGAGAUAUUCUUUCCGGAGUGGCUUGCGAAUACCGUGGUGGUAAAAAAGAAGAAUGGAAAAUGGAGGGUUUGUGUUGACUUUACUGACCUGAACCGAGCAUGUCCAAAGGAUCUGUUUCCCAUGCCAAAGAUUGAUUAG